CACCGCACUGGAUCACAGCGCCAACAUAACUGAACCUUUCCCAGCCUUUUCUGCAACUUUUCUCAUUCUUUUACCACGGAUCACUCUAUUCGAUUAAGCGAAGCACGUGACGAGCCUAAUUUACGCUUUACACCCCUACACUUCCCACAAUUUGUUCCUGGAGACGACGCCGUUCCAUCACACCCUCAGCGGUCAGAGCAUGGCGGCGGAACCGGUGAGUGACGGCGGAGCCGCGGCGGAGAAAUUGAUCAGCGGGAGAGAAGAAUUUGGUGAUUCGUCCAACUUGUUCAGCGCGAUUCUAGCAAUGGUGCUGUGGCUGGGAGCUAUUCAUUUCAACAUCGCCCUGAUCCUCCUCGCCGUGUUCUUCCUUCCUCUCUCCAAAUCGCUCUUGGUUUUCGGUUUUCUCUUUGGGUUUAUGGUGCUUCCUAUCAACGAGAAGAGCAGAUUUGGCCGAAGAUUGUCGAGGUUCAUAUGCAAGCACGCUUGCAAUUACUUUCCGAUCACGCUUCACGUAGAGGAUAUGAAAGCCUUUGAUCCUAACCGUGCUUAUGUUUUUGGGUAUGAACCACAUUCAGUUUUGCCAAUUGGCAUUGUUGCAUUGGCUGACCACACAGGUUUCAUGCCUCUUCCAAAAGUUAAAGUUCUUGCUAGCAGCACGGUGUUCUACACACCAUUUUUGAGACACUUAUGGACAUGGUUGGGUCUUACACCAGCAACAAAGAAAAAUUUUAUCUCCCUGUUAGCAUCUGGCCAUAGUUGCAUUUUAAUACCUGGUGGAGUGCAAGAAGCAUUUCACAUGCAGCAUGGCACUGAGAUUGCUUUCCUUAAGGCAAGAAGAGGAUUUGUCCGCGUAGCAAUGGUGAAAGGCAAACCUUUGGUUCCAGUCUUCUGCUUUGGUCAGUCAAAUGUCUAUAAGUGGUGGAAACCAGGUGGGAAGUUAUUUCUGAAAUUUGCAAGGGCUAUCAAGUUCACCCCAAUAUGUUUUUGGGGAAUUUUUGGGUCUCCAUUACCGUUCAGACAUCCAAUGCAUGUGGUUGUGGGUAGACCAAUUGAGGUUGACAAAAACCGAGAACCAACCACCGAGGAGGUUGCCAAGAUACAUGGUCUGUUUGUGGAAGCACUUCAAGAUCUCUUUGAAAGGCACAAAGCUCGGGCUGGCUAUCCAAACCUUGAGUUAAGAAUAGUUUGACAAGGCCUUAAUAUUGUACCAUAUUUUCAUUGGUUUAUUUUAUUUAUUUAUUUUAUUCCUUUUGGGGAUGGAGUUGGUGAAUGAAAAUGACCAACUAUCAUCUUGGGAAUGAAAUAGAAUAAUAAUGAGAAAUAGGGCAGUAGCUACCUUUCGUUAGGGUAUCUAUUUCAGUUCAUGGACACAUUUAUAUGCCUAGCCUUUAUAUGCUGGAUGUUGUCAAAGUAUUUCAGUCUGGGAACCUUUGCCACGGCUAGCAGAAUAAUAAGAAAUGAUAAUACAAAGUAGUGGUGAUCAAGGUAUAUAUUACCGAAGCAACUCCCUGAUUCAAGGGAAAAAACAAAGGUUUGAUUGGGUUGAAUUUGUAUAUAUCUGAUUGAGUCGGCUCGUGAACUAGGUUUAACAAUCUUGUAUCUGACCUGAUUCAAUCUAAUUACAGAAAGAAUAUGUAGGAUUCACUAUAUAUAUA